AUGGUCACAUCAAAACAAGAGUUACUUCCCGAUAACACAGUCUCAUGCCGUGUCCAACCAGAGUCCGCAAUCUCUCGUUUCUUCUUUCAGAUGCAGACAAAGUUGGACGAUUUCGAUCCACAGCGAAAAGUGCUGCAUAUUUCGCUUCACAUAAAUCUACUCGUCCACGAAAUUUGCAUCUCUUACACCCUCAUCUCUGGUCCCAGAUCACCUCUCUCAAAAGCAGGGCGAACAUGGCGCACCCUUUGUUCUGUACGGCUGCUCGCCCGAGAGAGCCUCAAGGAACCAAACGAUGUCCAGGUUCAUUGGUGGUUCGUCACCUGCAGAUUUGUUACUGGUAACUGGUACUGCACAUCACCUGGAACGUUUUGGUCGUCUCGUAUAGGCUCGCUCACACAGCUGCACAGACGAACGCUCACUACACUCACUUUGAUUCGACCAUCAUAA